AUGUGGAGUAGUACAUACAGCCCAGAACAUCUCUGUGCCUUAAAAGGAUCUACAGUGUUUAUGAACGGCUCGUACACACACCCAGCAGAUUUUACAGUGACUAAGGCAUUUUGGUUAAUAGACCCAGAGCUCCGAGUAGAGAUUCCUGAAAAGGCGGUGGAGGGAAACCAAACAGUUUUAGUGUGUAACACCACCUGCAGGCUCUCAGACACACCAGUGUUCAUCUGGUACAGAAACGACCUCCGUAUUAAUACGAUCAAGAACAGCAUUAACAACACUCUGAUUCUGCAGCCUACUAAAGCAGACGACUCGGGCAGUUAUAGCUGUGCUGUGAAAGGUCAUGAAGAACACUGUUCUCCUGCUCGAAACCUCACUGUGAUGUAUCCUCCAAAGAAGGUCUCAGUGUCCAUCAGUCCCUCUGGUGAGAUAGUGGAGGGAAGUUCAGUGACUCUGACCUGCAGCAGUGAUGCUAACCCACCUGUGGAGAACUACACCUGGUUUAAGGGGACAACAUUAGUAGGAAAAGGAAAGACCUACACCAUCUCCAUCAUCAGCUCUAAGGACAGUGGAGAGUACAAGUGCAAGUGCAGUAAUGAAGUGGGACAUUACUACUCAAUCGGGGUACCUCUGGACAUAGGCGCAUCAGAUGUUUCUGUGAUUGUGUAUGUAUCUGUUGGAGUUGGACUUUUUGGGCUGACAGCUCUUCUCUCUGUACUCUUCUGGCUGAGAUGGAAGAGACGGAAGAAAAAAACUGUUGAAGCUAUCUAUCAGAACGCUGGGCCGAGUGCUAAAGACGACACGUACGCAGCUCUCGACCCCACAGCCCGGACAUCUGAUGAUGUGUAUCACACACUUACAGUGAGAGUUUCUUGAAAAAGACAGUUAUUGACUUUUAUUUCACUGUAGAGAGAACUUUGUGUUGAGAAAAAUAAAUUUAAAAAGGUUACGUUUAUCUUUUAAAAAUAGCAUUAAACUUUUAGCAUCCUUAAACUUUUGGUAUUGUUUUUAAUAAUAUUAAUGAGAAUAAUGUAGUAAAGGAAUCAAGUGCCUUCAUCUUCUACCAGCAGCUUAAGGCUGUUGGGUUUUCUGGUAAAACAAAAAACAAAAAACUAAGAGCAGGAUUAAACUUUAAUGUCCGAAACAGAAGUAUUCAGCAAAUGAUGUGUUUUUCAUAAGUAAGAGACUCAUUUUAAAGGUAAUGGAUCAUGAAUCACAUGGAUCAACAGCAAAAUAAGUUAUUGUUACAAUAAUUUCAAUUAAAACAUCUUUUUGUGAAAUGUAGUAGCUUGUUGCUGGGAAACUGUAUCUCACUGCACCAGAACUAAUUUGUGGAAAGCAGUAUAGUGGCUUUGCACCCCCAGGGUCUGCGUUUUAUUCCAGUUGGAUUGUAUGUGUUGAGUUAGGGGGUGUAGUGAAUUAUUCACAAAUAACCAACUUUUGCAUUUUGUAUUUUUUCAAAUGGGGUUGCAAGCCCCUCUACUUCAAUAUUUUGUCUAUUUUGUGUUAUUUAGGCAUGAUAUUUAAUCUCAGUUGAGUCCAUUCUAGUUCUAGAGUUUAGCAGUGCCAAAUGUAAAAAAAAAAAAAAUUCAUCAAUCAAAUUUAAUUUUUUAUAUUCUCAGUCAUUUUCUAUAGGACUUAUCCUGUACAGUGUUACAGGUAUUCUGGAGCCUAUCCCAUGGGUCUUGGGGCAUAUACCAGGAUACACCCUGGAUAGGGUGCCAAUAUUUUGCAGGGCACACAACACACACAAUAAAUGAAUUUGGAAACACCAAUUAGCCUACUCUGCAGAGGGAGUGGUCGCUCAGGCACCUACAGUUGCUGAUCUGAGGAUCUGGGUUUGAGGCCCACUCUUGGUAGGUUGCCAUACACCAUACUACCCAGUCACUGCAUGCUGUGCCCGACCCAAGCUUGGUUAAAAAAAAAAUGGGAGAGUUGUGUCAGAAAGGGCAUCCAGCAUAUAUAUAAGCCAACUCCUUGACCAAAGCAGAAAGAAAAAAACGUUAAAUUAGCUUUGUCUUCAUGCCUUUGGACUGUGGAAGGUAACCAGAGUACCCAGAGGAAAUACACCAUGGAGAACAUGCUAACACCACACACACAGAUCCGAGACAGGAACCCGUGACUUGGUGGUGCCAGGCCACAUUGCUAACCGCUACACCACUGUGCCAAGUCACACACAUCUAAAAACACAGUAAUGUAGCUCUUUCAUUCUUUGUACUUUCAUUCUCUAAAAUAAAUUAAAGAGCCAAAUAAAAUAUA